UUUGUUAUGGGUACCAAACAACUGAUAUAAAUUAACACCUCCAUAAUAUACAUAGAAUACACCCAGACCAAUACAAACAAUCGUACUCAUGAAUACAAAUGUUUGUACCGUACGAGGAAUUGAUCCCGCUAACAUCUAAAAGAAAAGUUAUGUAAUAAAUAAGUUAUCAAUUUCAGCUCCUACAGUAGCAUCGCUAUCACUAAAAAUUCCAUCUCUCGAGAGACGAGAUUUACAUAAAAUAAUGUUUAAAUAUACAAUAAUAAAUGACAAUUACAUUGCUCUGUAGUUUAAUAUGUAACAAACAAAAAUAUCGUUGUAUCAACAAGCUGAUAAAGCGAAGAUAUGAACUCACACAAUUAUAUAUCACUCUCGGUACAAUUGCUAAAGUAAUAACUCGUUUUAACAACACAAAUAUCAAAACAUUGUAGGUAUUUAUAUUGCAAAUUAAUUUAAUUUGAGAAGUAUGGCAUUGCCGAGCAAAGGUAUAUUCAUAAUUGGAGCGAAAAGAACGCCAUUCUGCAGUUAUGGUGGACCAUUGAAAGACAUUACAGCUUCACAGAUGUUUGCUGCUGCUGCUAAAGAUGCUAUUCGAUCUUCUAAUAUUAAUGCUUCUGAUAUAGACAAUACAAUUGUGGCAAACGUUCACUUUUUGAGCCAGUGCGAUGGUGGUAAAACUCCGAGAUACUGUGGUAUAUACUCAGGUGUUCCUAUCGAUAGACCAGCUCUGGGCGUGAACAAAGCAUGCGGAUCUGGGUUGCAAACUAUAGUGAAUGGUGCUGUGGAAAUUAUAACAGGGUUAGCAAAAACAUCAUUGACCGGUGGUACAGAGCAUAUGUCAUCGUUGCCACAUUUGGUAAGGAAUAUUCGAUUCGGUUCCACCCUGGGUUCCUCGUAUCAAUUCGAGGACUACAUCAAAAAACAGUUUCUGGAUAGUUAUAGCGGGGUUACACUGGAGAAGGUAGCAGAAGAUUUAGCAAAGAAAUAUCAGAUUUCAAGAGAGGAGAUAGAUGAUUUUGCUUUACUAAGUCACUUUAAAUGGAAGGCAGCUCAGGAAGCAAAUAUUUUCGAGAAAGAGAUAACAAAUGUGACCGUUACAACAAAGAAGAAAGAGAUAGUGGUAGAUAAAGACGAAGUACCGAAAACGGAUUUAAAUGCGGAAAAAUUGCGGCAAUUACCAACUAUUCUAGAUGACGGAUCAUUGAUCACAACUGGAAAUUCAUCACCUCCAGCAGACGGCGCUGCUGCGUUAAUACUAGCUGGAGAAGAAUCUGUGAAUCAGCACAAUCUGCUUCCUUUAGCAAGAGUUGCGGCUUGGUCUUGUGUAGGGGCCGAUCCAUUGGAAACUGGUCUGGCUGCUGUUCCCGCUGUGAAGAAGUUAUUACAAAUCUCGGGCGUCAGUGUAAAUGACGUGGAUAUCUUUGAGAUAAACGAGACCUUCGCAUCACAGGUUGUGAUCUGCGCCAAACAGCUAAAUAUAGACCUUAGUAAGGUGAAUGUUAAUGGUGGUGCUGUAGCAAUGGGGAACCCCAUAGCAGCUACAGGCGCCAGGAUGGCUGUCCAUAUUGUUCAUGAAAUGAGCCGCCGGAAGUUAAAAAGAGGAAUCGCCGCGUCGAGUUGCGGUGGAGGUCAAGGCGUAGCUGUUAUGUUUGAAGUUUUAUGAUUACACUAGCUGUUCCUGCGACUUCGUCCGCGUGGAAUUUAACUUUAUUUUUCUAAAAUAAAAGUAGCCUAAAGAACUAAAAAUUAUUUUGUUCGUCUUAAUUUA